AGAACUUGAGGUGGGUUUUCUUGCUUUUUUUACAUCACGUUCACAAUUUCAAAUUCAUCCCAUCAAACACACACACAAACACAAGAACAACAACUUAAUUCUUCUUCAUGGAUUGCGUUUUAUUUCAGCACCCACUGUUUCCUCACAUCUUCAUCACCUCAAGAAGAUUUCAUCAAUCUUUUGCAGCUCCUCAGAAGAGUAACCGGUUGCUGAAUUCGGUGUGUUGGGCAAUCAGGGUACAUGGAAUUGGAGCCCAGAAUCUUUUUGAUGAAGGUUCUCUGAAGGGAAAUGAAAAUGGGCCUUUGUUGGGUGCUUUGAAGGAUUCGUCUUUGGCUCCAUUUGGGACUCUGGAUGCUGAGAUUACACCAGAAACCAUUGAUUUCUUUGUCAGUGAUGCCGAGGGCGAUCCUGACUGCCCUUCUGAAGGGUUCUCUUCCAUUGAGCAGGCACUUAAUGUGUUGCGCCAAGGCAAGUUUGUGAUUGUUGUAGAUGAUGAAAGUGGAGAUGUUGAAGGAAACCUUGCUAUGGCAGCAUCUCUUACAAGUCCUGCAGCUAUGGCGUUUAUUGUUAAGCAUGGAUCAGGGAUUGUUUCUGUCGGCAUGAAAGCGGAGGAUCUUGAGAGACUAAAGCUCCCUCUAAUGUCACCUGAGGACAAAGAUGACCCAUCUGCUCCCUCUUUUACAGUCACAGUGGAUGUGAAAGCGGGCACAUCUACAGGGGUAUCAGCUUCAGACAGAGCAAAAACUGUCCUUGCUCUUUCAUCUGCUAAUUCUAAGCCAGAACACUUCAGAAGGCCGGGCCACGUGUUUCCCCUCAAGUACCGAAAUGGUGGGGUUCUAAGGAGAGCUGGUCAUACCGAGGCUUCUGUAGAUUUAGUCAUGCUGGCUGGCCUUUCUCCAAUUUCUCUUCUUUCCGCUGUUGUUGAUGCAGAUGAUGGUUCCAUGGCCUCUCUGCCCAAUUUAAGAAAGUUGGCCCUUGAACACAGCAUUCCAAUUGUUUCAAUCACUGAUUUGAUUAGGUAUAUUAGAAAAAGGGAAAACCUGGUGGAAAGGACAUCUGUUUCGCGUUUGCCUACAAAAUGGGGUCUGUUUGAGGCCUAUUGCUAUCGCUCAAAGCUGGACGGAACAGAGCACGUAGCAGUGGUGAAGGGAAAAAUUGGACACGGACAAGAUGUCCUUGUAAGGGUUCAUUCCGAGUGCUUGACUGGUGAUAUUUUCGGGUCAGCUAGGUGUGAUUGUGGAAACCAGUUGGCAUUGGCGAUGCAGUUAAUCGAACAAGCUGGAAGGGGAGUUCUUGUGUACCUUCGAGGUCAUGAAGGACGGGGAAUUGGCCUCGGUCACAAGCUUCGGGCCUAUAAUUUGCAGGAUCAAGGUCAUGACACAGUUGACGCCAAUCUAGAACUUGGAUUUGCUGCUGAUACUCGUGAGUAUGGGAUUGGUGCCCAGAUACUAAGAGACAUAGGAGUAAGAACCAUGCGCUUAAUGACCAACAACCCGGCCAAAUUCACCGGUUUAAAGGGCUACGGCUUGGCUGUUGUUGGGCGCGUUCCUGUCUUGACGCCCAUUACUGAAGAAAAUCAAAGGUAUUUGGAGACAAAGCGUACCAAGAUGGGUCAUAUAUAUGGAUCUGAUAUACAGGAACCAUUGGCUGGAUUCAUCAGUCCAAAUGUAAAUGAUACAAACUCAUCAGUACAAGAGAUUGAAUGAUUCUUGAACAAUCUUGAAUUUGAUGAGGCAGUUCUUGUGGUCAUAUGGAGUUCAGUUCUAUAGUUGUUUUUUUGUUGCUGAUUACUUAAGACUCAGUAUCUAUUUGAUUAUCUUUUUAUACAGAUUUGUUACGUUAUUCAUAGUGUAAAGGUUUUUACAGAUAUAUAAUAUGAUUCUGUACAGAGAUUUUGGCAGAGACUUUGAUCUAAA